AUCCGGUCCCGUCUCUUCCUGAUUGGUGUGAUGAUACGAGGCUAAAAGAGCAGGAUUGUAUGACUUGGGUAUAACAGUGUCUGAGUCUGGGAACUUUAGUUACGCUCUUCUAUCAGUCUGGAGAAAGGGGAGCCUGUGCUAACCAAGCACAGAGCUGCAGUUAUGUCUUUUGGAGGGGUCCACGGGCUGCUCCUCAAACUUCAUGAAUCUCUUGCAGAGGAAGACCCUCGGGCUGCUGCGCUGAAAUGUCACGAUAUUGUCGGUGAUUUAGCGCAAGAGUGCAUGCUGGCUCCAACCGAGAGUGAGCUCGGUAAGUCCUUUAAAAACCGCAGAAUACAUCUUUUAAAAAAACUCAGUGAAGCCAUGCCGAACUCCCUUCACAAUCUGGCCAUUAAAUGUGAAUGAUGCUUCUGUGAUUGACAGACAGUCAAAAACUUUCUGGAGAAAAUGAUGCUGAGGUAUUUUGAAAGGAAAUUUCUCUUCGUCCUGCAAAAAUAAGUAUAACUACAUCGGUAAAUGUUUGUUUAUUCAGUUUUGAUGCACCGGGACAACCUGUUCCGCCAAAUCUGCACCAUGGUGGGCGGCAACGCUCAGUCAUAUAAAUAACACGAUUCAUAAAACCACGUGAUCCCGUAAUAGCGUGCAAAGUUCUAAAUGUGCAUCUUGAAGUUAGCCCCAAUUACACACCAAAAACGAGACCAAAGUUUGUUUGUUGUUUUUACUUUUGAUAUAUUUUUGAAGUAACAGCAACAGGAUUUCUAGGAUAUUUUUAAACCAUGUUAUCCCUGAGACACUGUGUCCCUCAUGGUCUCUUAUCAUGAGGUUCAUAGCACGGUAUGAAAUAGACACCUGCAACUAGCUGUAACAGGAACACGUUUUCUCCAGAAAGGAACGGUUAGAUAUGUUUACAUUGAUGUUUAAAUUGCUCAUGGAACUUUUCUUAAAAUACCAUAUGUACAACCCCAAGACUUUUUUUUUUUUUUUUUUUUUUUUUAAUCAAUGUGCUAUCACCCCUUUUUUUCUAAACAACUCUGUAAACCUUUGAGAACCCAGGAGACCAUUUUCUGUGCAGCCUAAGUGCUCAAAGAUCAGAGCCGACCAGUCCUGUUUUUUUUUUGUUUGUUCCCUUUUGUACAAAGAUGUUUCCUUUUUUUCCUGGUGGAAUAUUUUACCAUAUAUCGUGAAAUACAAUUUUUUUGCAGUUUUAAAAUGAGGAAGAUUUUUGGGCAGUUAACCUCUUCCCGUCUUUGGGUGGCUGUGGCUUAAUGGUAGAGCUGGUCAUUUAUCAAUCAGAAGGUCUGAGGUUUGAUCCUGGAUACUGCUAUUUACUUGCAGAAGUGUCCUGAGGCAGACACUUAACCCCAGAGGUGUUAAAAAUGCUUUUGGUGGUCUGAAAACCAGAGAAAGUGCAAAAUAAACAGAGUCCAUUUCCUUCAGAGAGACUCAGCCUCUCGUUUUAUACCCAGUCAUGUUACUAACCUGUUUGAAUUUCCUUUCAUUAGUUUGGUGAUGUUGUUUUUGUGCUUUUCUCAACUUCUUUUUAACUAUUGGUGUCAUCAAAUCUAAAAUGAGCAUACACUCUUAUAAAACAGUACAAUUUAGUCAACAUUUUACACAUUCACUGAACCAAUUUUUAGAGAAUUUGAGGUUCCCAAUGACAUGUUGCUGAUGUAAAUGGUGAUUUUAUGAUGCACUCCUCGACUGAUUUCAUCCUCAUCUUUAAAGCUUUACAGACGUCCUUAUUGUUCUCAAAAGACUAUGGACUGCUCAUCUUCCUCAGGAAGUCCCUGCCAUCAGACGAGGUAGAAAUUAAGAAAUAUCCAGUCAGUGUGGUCAGGAAGCUUGUAGUUGUCAUUUUGACAGAAAUGUUUUUUUUUUUUCUUGUUUUUUUUUUUACAGCUGCGGGACACCAGAGUUGACAUCUUUUGUUUUUUGGAGAAGUUCUUGGACCGAGUCUCACCACGAGUCAAAGCAUGGGAGAAGACAUACGCCAUCGACAUCAGGGUGAGGUCUAACAGAUUAAAUGUUUUUUUUUUUUUUUUUUUUUGUAAAUGGUUUUAUGAUUUAACAGGCAUUAUUUUGCAGGUUGUAACACAUUUGUAAGAGGUAGAAAGUGGAGAGGGGAAGUUCUGCUGAGUGCAGUAGAAUAAAAUUCAAGAUAAAUACAAAACUGUGUGUGCAUAUGUCAGAGUCCAAGUACUGCAAAACAGUGUCUGAAUAUGAUGACCAUGUGCAGAUUUUAUUCUUUCCUUUAUAUAUUUAUAUUUUUGAAAUGAGAAAACUCUUUUUCAAACAGUACCAGACAGGGACAUUAAAGACUUGUACUGUAUGUUUAUUUGUGUUUUCACCUGUUGUAUAUUCUUUCCCACACUCAUUUCAUGCAGGACACUUGCAUGGUUGUGUUCACAAAGGAAAAAACAGCCAAAUGCAGAACUCCGGCUCUGGAGCUUCUCAUCAAGGUCAGGGUUUUUUUUCACACAAGGUGUCUUUUUAUUGAAAUGCAGUCUGAAACAACAGUGAUCCGCUGUCUGCAAAAAUCCUUGUUUACAUCAUUUAAUGAGAAUGUUUGAUUUAUUUGUGAGAAAUUAAGUUAUUUUGUGUAAAUGAUAAUUUGUUCUUGUUCUUGCAGGUUCUCCAAACCACAAAGUCGUCCACCGUGGCUGCAGACCUUCGAAUCUGUGACAUAUUCAACAGAUUUUACGGCGAGCUCUAUCAGAAGAGUAAGCUGUCAGAUUCUGGUGAGUCUGUGUCUGAUGGAUGAGAAAAUUUGAGUUGAAUAUGUUAAUAAAAGUGACUUUAAACAAGCAAUGUUUAAAAUCUUUUUUUGAGAUAGUCAUGGGAAAAAUCUAUGAGCUGCUGGGAGUUCUUGCUGAGGUGCAUCCCAGUGAGAUGGUUAACAACUCGGACAAACUGUACAAAGCUUAUCUGGGGGAACUUAAAGAACAGGUACGUUCACAGGUGACACAGAGGUUUGAUUUCCUCUGAUCGUGUGUUGAAUACAUGCAGCUGGUUUAAACUCCUACAGUAUAUGGUGAUGUUUUUUGGUCGCAUUUCAGAUGACUUCAGCAACAAAGGAACCAAAACUCUUGGUAGUUUCUGGAUGUUUAAGAGGAAUCACUGCUCUGAUGGUCAACUUCACCAAAACCAUGGAGGAAGGUGUGUGGGCGUGUGUGUGUUCUAUUGCUUUUAUAUUCACACUAUUUUAAGAGCUGUUUUUAGGGCAGUAUAAUGAUUAAAUUAUUGUGUGUGUUUGACAUACAGAUCCAGCAACUUCUAAAGACAUAUUUGAGUAUGCGCUGAAGGCGAUCAGUCCUCAGGUAAAUGUUACUAUCUCUCUGUUAUAUUUCAGAUUUUAUGAAUAUAUGCAGGAAUUCGCCCCAAAGGUUAACUGUUUAAAAAUGUCAUGACUGAGAAUGUCUACAAAAUAUUUCAGUUAACAUGAAAACAUUUGAAAAUUACAAUGACUUCCUAAAAACAUAAAAUCACUAGAAAACCUUCAGAGAAACAAAAUCAUUCCACAAAAGAAAAACGUAUUUCAUAUGCCAAAAACAGUAUGACCAAAAAUGCUUUGAGCAAGUGCUAAAAUUAUGAACAUAAAAGGCUUUUCAAAAUGUAUAGAAACAUUUUUGUUGAACAUGAAAAGUUAACAAAGAAAUUAAAAAAUUUUUGUGAUGUUAUUUUGUGUUUUAUAAAAUGAUUUCAGACAUCAUGAAAUACUGUAUAUUUUUUAAAUGUAAAUGUGUCGUUUAUGUGUUAAUGUGUCGCAUUUUAAAAUGAUUUUGUGUUUAACUAAAUAUUUUUGCAUGUUGUGAAAUAUAUUUUUAGGUUUUUGAAAUGAUUGAAGUGUUCAGGUUAACCUCUUAUAUGCAGUUGUAAAAUAGCUAUUUAGUUAAUCUUCAGCUGAGAAGUGUGUUGUAUUGUAGCAGCUGAAAUCGUUAGUGUAAUGUCCUGAUUAAGUGGAGGUGUAUUUUCUAAAAAGUACUUUAGAGUUGAAGCAUUUGUUCAUUUGUUGAACCUUUUGAAUGUGCACACUGUUUCAUACAUUGUUUCUCCAUAUUUGUUUUAGAUGGAAAUGACUCGCUAUGCGGUAACAUUUGGUAAGAAUGGCCACUUCCACAGCAUCCUAAGAAUAACACACUUGUAAAAAAUACUAACAUUUCUUUGACUCAGGGUUUUUAAUUAUAUUUUAGAACAAUUAAGGCCUUUAAAUAGUUGAUAUUUCUGAUCCAGUGUUUGAAACUCCACUGUUCUGCGUUUUAAAAACAGGUUUUAAGUCCAGACCAACAACAUAAAUCCUCUGAUUAUUUGGGAGUCAAAUCAAUGCAAUGGAAUGUACUUUGUAAUUAUGACUUUAAGAUUUAUUACUCUGAUACACACUUUCCUGCUUCCUCAGUGUGGUCUGAGUGACUUAGAGGAAGGAGACAUCAGCAAAACAUUCACUCUGUCAAAUAGUUUGUUUCAGGAUAACAGUGUUACACACGAAGAAAUACACAGGAGCGCAUGAACAAAGUUCCCAAUCAGUGUCAGUAUAGGUCACUUCCAGCACCCAUUCUCUUAAUGCGUCAUUUACUCUUUAUGGUUUUAAUUUCACUUUUAUUUGAUGAUCUUAGGGAUUGUAGCAUGUUGUGAUUUUGUAGCACUGGCACUAGACUUUCUUUACAGAUCAAUUAACCUGUAUCUGAUUUAAUCCUCUCUUAAAGCUGGGCUGAGGCUGUUUGCCCGACAUGCUUCUCAGUUUAGCAGCUGCCUAAUGGAUCACUACAGAGCUCUGUUUGAGGUCAUGUCCAAGCUCUGUGGGCACAUCAACGCAGAGAUGAAGAAGACCAGCUACUAUGCUCUGGAAGCCUUUCUCAAACAGGUUAAACACAGACUGAUCACUUGUCGAUGUUUGCCAUGAUACCAGCUGCCAGAAUCAAAUCUCAUAGUGGUUUUGUAAUCAUUUGAAGGUUGCCAUCUUGGUGGCUGAAAACAUCGAGGAGCAUAAAAGCAAGUUGAAGUUCUUCAUGCAGAAGUUUUGUGGCAUUAUAAAGACGAUGGACUCGACUUAUAAGGAGCUGUCCAUCGCCAUUCGAGGAUACGGGUUCUUUGCAGGCGUAUGUUCCUCAUCUUAUUUUCUCCAAUUAUGCUGUUUCUGAUCCUGAUUCUAAAUUGACACCUUUAUUUUCGGGAUCGGGCCAUUCAUCUUACUUCUGCUCCAGUUUUUCAAAGAUAAAACAGAUCGAAUUAAUCUGAUUCAAUACAGGCUUUGAGCUAUUCUCAAAUCUGGGUUACCAUAGCUCAAAACCAGGCUUUGAGUGGCACGCUUGUCCUUAGGUGAAGUCCAAAUACACAAAAACUGAAAGACCCUUUUAACUAUCUCUGAUCAAAUAAUUCAAGCUCCAGUGAGGAACUUGGUUUGGCAUCACUCUUCAUUUUAGUCUGAUCAUUGACUGGAAACCUGUCUCAGGAGCUUUUAUGUUCAAUAACAGACACUUGGUCAAAUAUUCGAUGGGGACUAAAUUAUCCAUAUUUUAAAGCCUGAUUUCUUCUGCAUCUACACUGCUUUCCAAAUUAUUAUGCAAAUGAUAUUUUUCUCUGAUUUUUUAAAUAGUCUACCAAAUGACAGUCAGCAUAAUUUUCAAGUCAUUAACUGUUAGAGUAUAAUUUAAAUGUUCUUGAACAAACCUCCCUAUGAUAACAGUAUCUUAUUCAAAAAUAAAAAAACUUAAAAUGCACUGUUCCAAAUUAUUAUGCACAACAGAGUUUUAAAAACAUUUAAUAAGAUCUAAGGAACUGAAAAUGGUCAUUUGUUGAAUUUGCUGCAUUAGGAGUUCAUAUUUACUGAAAUCAAAAGCUAUUUCAAUCAAAAACAUCUUAACAGGUCAAGUUACAUUUAAACAUAGGACCCCUUAUUUGAUAGCUUCAAAAUUCUUGCAUCCAUUGAACUUGUGAGUUUUUGGAGAGUCACAACAGCCUCCCAGAGCUGCUGUUUGGAUGUGAACUGCCUCCAACCCUAAUAGAUUUCUUGCUUGAGGAUGCUUUAAAGGUUCUCAAUAGGGUUGAGGUCAGGGGAGGAUGGGGGCCACAACAUAAGUUUCUCUCCUUUUAUGCCCAUAGCAGCCAAUGAUGCAGAGGUAUUCCUUGCAGCAUGACAUGGUGCAUUGUCAUACAUGAAGAUGAUUAAAGAUGAUUUUGUUAUGGAAAGCACGGUUCUUCUAUUUGUACCAUGGAAGAAGGUGUUCAGUCAGAAACUCUAUAUACUUGGCCGAGGUCAUUUUCACACCUUCAAGGACCUUAAAAGGGCCGACCAGCUCUCUCCCCAUGAUUUCGGCCCAAAACAUGACUCCACCACCUCCUUGCUGACAUUGCAGCCUUGUUGGGACAUGGUGGCCAUCCACUACUCCAUCCAUCUGGACCAUCCAAGGUUGCACAGCACUCAUCCAUGAACAAGACUCUAUGAAAAUGAGUCUUCAUUUAUUUCUGAACCCACUGCAACUGUUUCUGCUUGUGAGCAUUGUUUAGGGGUGGCCGCAUAGAAGGUUUAUGCACAACUGCAAGCCUCUGAAGGAUCCUACACCUUGAAGUUCUUGGGACUCCAGAGGCAUCAGCAGCUUCAAAUAUCUGUUUGCUGCUUUGUAAUGGCAUUUUAGCAGCUGUUCUCUUAAUCCGAUGUAUUUGUCUGACAGAAACCUUCCCCAUUGUGCCUUUAUCUGCACAAACCCGUGUGUGCUCUGAAUCAGCCACAAAUCUCUUAACAGUAUGAUGAUAAUGCUUAAGUUUUUGUGAAAUAUCUAAGGUUUUCAUACCUUGUUCAAGGCAUUCAACUAUUUCACACUUUUCAGCAGCAGAGAUCCUUUUUCUUUCCCAUAUUGCUUGAAAAUGGUGGUCUGCUUAAUAAUGUGGAACGCCCUUCUUUGGUAGUUUUUUCCUUACCUGGGCUCACCCGGCAAACUAAUUACCACAAGUAAAUAAGAUUGAUUUCAGUGAUCCAAAAAGCCCUGAGACACAGUACCGUCCAGGAGUUUAAUUGAAAACAAACAUAGAACCUGUAUGACACUUUGCAUAAUAAUUUGGAACACGGUGUACUCAGUGACACAAUUCAAGAAUAAAUCAAAAACAAAACAAAGUUCAUAAAAUGAUCAGCAUAAUUCUAAAAAUGUUGAUUUGUUUUAUUAGUCCCUGUGAUCAAGCCUGAAUCCAGUCCUCUGCUGGGAUCUGCAUACUGAUUUGUGGAUCAAAUUUACCACAAUCCUACUAAGGCUGGAUUAUCAGAUCCAACCCAAUCCUGUCGUCUGUAACAAUAUUUUGUUUCUUUUAUAUUGUCCUUAUUUUUUAGUGUUUAUGUGUGAUUUAAACAAAAAUGAUAGUGUAAAGAAAUGUUAAACAGGAUCCCCCUUUUUUUAUUCCCUUUUUUAGCCGUGUAAGAAAGUGUGCCCGCAGGACGUGGACCUGAUGUACACAGAGCUGAUCCAGCGCUGUAAGCAGAUGUACCUGACCGAGUCUGACAGCGAUGAUGACAGUUUCUACCAGCUCCCCAGUUUCCUUGACUCCAUCGCCAGCGUCCUGAUCCACCUGGACAAGGUGAACAGACUAGAACAGACCUUUCAGCUUCUCUGUAGCAGCACCAGAAUGAUUAUAUGACUCUUUGUCGUGUCGUGCAUUCAGAUCCCAGAGGUGUACACUCCUCUGCUGGAGCGCCUCCUGGUGGUGCAAAUUGACAACUUCCCUCAGUACAGUGAGAAGAUGCAGACUGCAUGCUGCAGGUCCAUCUUGAAGGUGCUGGUGGCCAUGGCCUCUAAAGGACCAGUCCUGUGGAGUUUCAUCAGCUCUGUGGGUGAGUGAUACCCAAAAGUGUUUAUGAAAUGAUCCAAAGUCUGCCUCUGACCGGUUAAUUUUGUCUUUAUUUAUCAUCUCUUGUAAGAGAUAUUAAUAUAUUCUUAUGUAUCAGAGUUGUGGGAUUAUAAUUCAUGUACUUUUCCCUGUUUUUCUAGUUCACCAGGGUUUGAUUCGAGUCUGUUCAAAACCCAUCUUGGCGUCUGAGGUCAGGUGGAAGUUCUCACUGUUAAAUUUACACAUGAAUAUGUUAAUUCAGAAAUUGCAGUGAAGUUCAUUCUUCCGGAAUUCUUUUUUAUUUUUUCACGUGCUAACAGAAAAACUGUUUGUUCCUCUCCUCUCAGGAUAAAGAUGGUGCUGCCUCAGAGUCCUCAAAGGUUCGAGUUGGAAAGUGGAAAAUUCCUUCAAGUCAGAAUUACAUCGCUCUGUACAAAAACCUGCUGGACUGUGACCGGCUCAAGGUGCUGUUCUUCUCUUUCACUAGUUAAAUCUUAACGAGAAAUAAGUAUCUGCUCCGCUCAUGAAUAUAUUUUAAGAAUUUUAUACAUAACAGAACUUUUGAUCGCUGAAUAUCAUGUUAAACCUCUGCAUUUCUCAGUUCAGGAUUUAAAACUAGUUGUAGUUAAGUAAAGCUCCACAUUUGUACAUAUCUCUAGAGUGUUGUAACUUUUACAGGACAGAUGCUUUUUUCCGUCACUUUCAAUCAAAUAAAAAAUAUUCUUUCUUAUGAAGACCAUUUCUCUCCCACGCUCUGGUACGUCUCUGCAAUAUUGUAGUUUCUGUCUUUGUGAUGUUGUCCUCUGCAGGAUUUAGGGUUCCUGGACGGAGCUUUUGAAAGUCAGAACUCUGCUCUCCCCUCUUUGAGUCGUCUUCUUUACGAUGAGUUAGUGAAAUCGAUCCUGAAGAUUGUGGAAAAACUGGACCUGUCUGUGGAGAAAGUGGCUUCAGGAGAGGAGGUGAGAGAUCCCCCGCUGUGUCUCACUGUGAUGGGAUUAAUUGUACUUAAUGGAAAGAAAUAAAAGCUGACAGAUGCACAGACAAAUACAAGACCAAGCUAGUACAGACUGAAUAUUAAUAUUGUGUCAUCUUUAUUAUAUCUGACAUAAUUUCCUCCAUUUUUAUAUUUUUAUGGUAUAAAAACUCAUAAAUGCUCACUGUUUGCAGGAUUAGUUUCAUUAUACUGUAGUUCAGCAGUUCUUUUCCUUCUUGUUUUUCAGGCUCCUGAUGAUGCAGCUCAUGUCCUGCCCUCUUCAGACCCCACAGCUCACCUGCUGCCCAACAAAAUCAAAGAUUUCACCGCCUUUAUCAACUUGGUUGAAUUCUGCAGGUACAAAGAGAUGGCACACAUACACAGCUGUCAAAGUAUGAGCAGAGCUCCAUACAGCUGGGAUGAUGUGUACAAUAUAUUUGAUCUUUUAUUAUUCCAAAAAUUAAAUUUAAAGAAGCAAGAUGUCUCACAAAAGAAAAAUAACAGUAAAAAAAAUUCAAAGCAUAGUGCAACACGAGACUGUCAAAGACCUGAUAUUUCACUGUCAUGUCUGGAAAAAAAAGUAGGAAGUCAAAAUUUCAUUAAUCCCACCCUCUCUCCAUUAUUCACUCUUGAACUCCUCAUCCAGCUUUCCUGCAGAUGAACUUAAACUGUCUUCACAUUUCAGUCCAGUUUCAGUCUCAGUUCUCAUCUUUUUCCAUGAAAAUUUGUAAAAUAAUAAAUAAUACUGUUAGUUUUUUUUAUAUAAUUUCUUUUCUUACAGUGUUAUUUCAAACCAAACUAAAAGUGAUGUUUUGCAAAUAUUUAAACUCUUGAUUCUAUUUGGAGCAGGUAGCUGGUGCAACAGGCCACACUUUCUGCUGUUUUGAAGUUUAAGGAUACGGUAAUUUCCAAAUAAAGUCAAGUUUGGACUCAUCAAGACAGUUUCCCAUCCUAAGUGGCUAGGAGCAAAAAACAGUGUUUGGCAUUUUGUUUAUGUUUUUUUUCUCUUUACAUGGUUCUUUUUUACCUGGAUUUGUGGAUGCUGGAAUGAAGUUUUUUUUUCUCUACCCCCAAACGACAAACUCUGAUUAAAAGUGCUUUUGUUCCAGGUUACCAUGUCAGAUAUAAUUCCUGCGUGAAAGUGUAAGAAAGCUGAAAGCCACAAUUUGGGUCCACAGACAUUAACUUUUGUGUGUGGUUUUGAGCCUGUGUAGUAGUUUCCACUGCAGAGUUGUGUCUAAAGACCUGAAGAUCACGGUCACCCAAUGUUGGUUUAGGCCCUGUCUCUUUUCUUCUCAUGUUUUCAAUUGUCCAGAUGGUAGUCUGAACGUUAGUGUCCUUCUCUGUUUUUCUCAGUGAGUUGCUGCUGAAUAAUCAUGUGGAGUAUUUUCAGUCCUGGGUGUAUCCUCUAAGCCAUGAGCUCAUCCUCCACUCAAUCAGAAACCCGCUCGUCAGUGGCUUUUACAAACUGCUCUCUGUCAACAUGAACAUUUCCAAGAGGAUCAAAUAUUUCCAGGUAACUUUUCUGUCACAGUUUAGGAGCAAAAACACUAACGCUUUACGGUAAGGGUGCAUGAACGAUCACAAAUCCAUGCAUAAAUGAAUGGAUGAAUUACCUAUGAGGGAUUCAUGAACGUCAUUUAUAACACAGUCAUGAUAAAGUCACACAUCAUAGUUAAUGCAUUAGUUAAUGUUAUGUGUCAUCAUGAAGUAAGGCGAUAGUUCAUCAGGCAAUUCAUCCAUAAAUGUAUGCAUGAAUUUGUGACAGUUCAUGCACCCUCACUUUAAAGCACUACUCCAAAAACAGAGAAUAAAAAUGUACUAAAACAAAUUUCUAUGAGGUUCGGGGUCAUGAUGAGAAAAAAAUCAGGAUAUGAAGCUGAUGCCUGUUACACUUUGCUUUCAAAUCUAUCUUCAAUCCAACAGGGAGUGGGUCUGAAAAGCUCCUCCCCUCAGAGUGACUCCAUGAAAAGUGCCUGUUUUGCCCUCUUCUCCAAGUUUGGCAAAGAGGUAAGACUUCUUUAGGAUAUAUAUAUACAUAUAACCCAGGGAUAAAUGUUAAUGUAGAAGAUGUGAGUGACCUGUGGUUUCCCUCCAGGUGUGUGUGAGAAUGAAGCAGUACAAAGACGAGCUGCUGGCCUCCUGCCUCACGUUCGUCCUCUCGCUGCACCACGACAUCGUGGCACUCGACAUCAAGGCCUACUGUCCUGCUCUGGAGGUAGAGGAUAGAGUAAAAACCUGGAAUUGAAACAUACUUUUGUUGAAUCUAGAUUCUGCACCAACAUGACACACACCAGUUUAACUUUAUUUGAGAGUAUGUAACAUGAAAGUAGGGGAAACUGAAGUUUAAGUGACAGGGCUGUGGGGCUCCAUCAGACAGGUGAAGUUUUCUGUCCCACUUUGGUGUAAAUAAGUCUUACAUGUAUGUUCAUUUAUUGUUAUUUCUGUGUGCACCAAUGGUACAUCCAGACAGCUCUGAAGCUGGGUCUCAGCCAUGUUCCUCUGGCAAACGUUGCCCUUGAUGCUCUUGAGGACUGGUCCUCCUACCUCCCCCCUGAGUUGAUGCAGCCGUGCUACACCAACAUCCUCCCCCUGCUGGACGGUUAUCUGAAAACCACCUCCACUGACAGUAAGACCAGAGUAAAGAUUUCACUUAACUGCAUGUAUAAGUUCGAAAUCUAAUGCAGAUGUUAUUUUUAUUGUAUAGACAAAGACGAUAGUAAUUGGGAGGUGAUGUCUUCGGUGUCCUCGGGAAGCGAUCGGGGAUACAGCCGAGUGAUGACCCGGCUGCUGAAAAAGUCCAACCAGCUCACUCUGGUAAAGAACUGUAGAGGGAGGGGGAACGAUAAGAGGUUUUGUUGUUAUCAGUUUUCCUUCUGUGUUGUUCAAAUAGUAAAGGUCCUGUGUGAUAUAAAGAAACAAACAUACAUGUUUUCCUUCACAUUUACAUUAACACCUCAGUCAUUCUCCAGCUAAGCAACCCUGAAAGCAAAAAAGCCUCUGCAUUGUUUCCCAUGACUUUUACAAGCCAAUUUGGGACUUGUACAUCUGCGUGCAAGACCUCUGAAGCACUCCACUUUCUCCUGUGCUGUUCUGGUUUUAUUAGUAUGUUUACAUGCACAGGUAGGUAGAGCUGGAAUAUUGUCCUCUUCCCAGUUUACAAACCAGGUAAGAAUCGAAUUAUUCACAGAAGCAUGUCCACCUCUGUUGCAGGAGAUGGCUUUAUGUGCCCUUUAAGCUCGUUUCUACGAGGUUAUCUCCUGGUUGGCCUAUUACGCACCAAAACAAUCAACAAAACACACUAGCUCUUGACUGAUGAGAUUUACAUUGAACUCUGACAACACCAUCAUUUUUACAGGUCUUUUCUUUUGUUUUGUCUGAGGUUUUAGAUUCCCAGCAACAUAUUUACUCCAGUUAACUCCUGGGCCAAAGCCUGCCAUGUGCACUCCUGAGCAUGCAGGCCAGUGUCUGUAUCCAGAUGUGUUAGUCCGCCUAUGAGAAGUUUGAUUUAAUGCAUUUUUAAUCAAACUAGUGUGUUGUUUUAAAAGUACACUUUCAGUCAGAUAGUGCAGUAAAUCAAUUUUUUAACAACAUGUAAACGCACUGGGUUCUGCAGAGUCAAAAUGUCAAGCUAAACCAGAUACAGUCAUCCAAAUGAACCACCUAUAAAGAGAUUUUUCAUAUUUAUGCAAUAGUCUGAAAUCUAUAUUGAUGCCUCUUUAUGAUUAACAAAAGGAAAAACAAAGACCGUCAGGACUAGAUUGACCAUCUGUAUAGAGUCAUUGUGAAUACCUGUAACCAGUGCUAUUCACAAUAAAUGAGACAUUUGACCGUCAAAAGUCAGCAGGAGGAAAUCAUUGUCAAAAGACUCUAUUUAAUUCUAGGGGACAAGAGAUGCAGAGGCAGCUUUGAACACAGGAGGCACUAAAGUUGAAACAACCUAAAAGUUCCUCACAGGAGCUUCAAAGAAAAUAGUGACUUCCUCUUGUUCUUAACUUACCGAUCAAUCUUCUUUGUCCCUUCACCUCUGACCUGCUACAAGGUCGACCACACUUUAUUUUUUUUACGUACAACUUUGAGACAUGCUGUUGUAAUUAAGGCUGCAACACUUGACAGGAAUGGGACAGUGAAAGUCACAAUCAUGAACAAGUCUGCUCACUGACUCAUAUUUUACAAACCCAGCAAAGUAUUAUGUUUAGAAGUUAUGAAGUUCAACAGAUAAGCUGAAGAAAAAUCAACACUGAUACAUUAGCAAAAUAAAAGAAGGGACAAAUAAUUAAAAAAGGACUGCAUCAAUGUGCAAAUUCAGACUUACAGCAUCACUUUUCCACCAUCACUGUACUUAUUUCUGACUUUAGCUCACCUGUCACUGUCAUAUGCACGCAGGAAGAGGCUCCUCUGGUCAUGGUGAGGCUCAGGGUGGUGAAGUUACUCGGCCACUUGGGAGGAAAACUGAACAGAAACCUUGUGACCGGUAAGGAUCUGUAUAACUGUAUUUAAUGUACAAUGGGAGGACGGAUGUGAAGGUGAAGUGAGUAGUUGAGAGCACUUAAAUGUGAUAUUCUUGUUUUUGUUCAUCAGUGGUGUCAUCUGAGGAGAUGAUGAAGAAAUUCGUGGCCUGGGACUCUGAGAAGAGGCUCAGCUUUGCGGUUCCGUUCACUGAUAUGAAGCCGGUCAUCUUCCUUGAUCAGUUUCUUCCUCGUAUCAGUGAACUGGCUCUGUCCACCAGCGACAGACAGACCAAAGUACGUCCUCCACUCUCAAAGGGGUUUCACUAAAUCUGUGGAAAGUUACGCACCACGAAACAGAAAUGUUCCAGAUACUGUCACCCUUUAAAGACCAGGGAUAUUUGUGUUUGAAUAUUUCUGCAGGUUGCAGCGUGUGAGCUGCUGCACAGCCUGGUGGUCUACAUGGUGGGAAAAAGUGCUCAGAUGGUUGAAGGGACAGACACUUUGCCUCCGAUGUACAAGCUGCACAAGAGGCUGUUUCCUGUCUUGCUGCGUCUGGCCUGUGAUGUGGAUCAGGUAGGAUAUUCACUCACACACUCCUGGUGUUUUUAUUUCUGCCAUUCGCCAAAGUUUUAAAUGUCAGGGUGGAAAGUAAACCCUGAUAAAAUGAUAAACGAUAAUGUUCACACUUAUGUCUUUAAACUUCUUCAUCAGGUGACCCGUCAGCUCUUUGAGCCACUGGUUAUGCAGAUGAUUCACUGGUUCACAAACAACAAGAAGUUUGAGAGUCAGGACACAGUAGCUGUUCUGGAGGCCAUCAUGGUGAGUGUUUUUUUAAGGCUCUUUUAAUGUCUGUUUGUGCUUUUACUGCAUUUGAAAAACUGACUACAGAUGAGUUUUCUGUCUCCUUUGGUCCCUCACUUUGUUUUGUCUUCCAUUUGAGGACGGCGUUGUUGACCCGAUGGACAGCACACUCAGAGACUUCUGUGGCCGCUGCAUCGAGGAAUUUGUCAAAUGGUCGAUCAAACAGACGACCCCGAAACAGCAGGAGAAGAGCCCCACCAACAUGAAGUCUUUGUUUAAGCGGAUCUAUAGCUUAGCCCUCCACCCAAAUGGCUUUAAAAGACUCGGUGCAGCUUUAGCUUUCAACAGCAUCUACAGACUCUUCAGGUACUUUCGUCUCUUUAGACAACUACACUAAUUUAAAUUAAAAAAAAAAAAAACAGUUCAUAAGACCAACAUGAAGGUAUUUUUUAAUGUGUUGACUUAGUGUGGUGGUUUUUUUCUGUCUGCAGGGAGGAGAGUUCACUGGUGGAGCAGUUUGUCUUUGAGGUUCUUGUCAUUUUUGUGGAAAGUUUGACUCUGGCACAUUCGGACGAGAGAUCCAUGGGUAGAUAUGAUAAUACUCCAAAUGUAUUUUAAAGAAGCUUAGAUUUAAAUGUCAGUACAAUUCUUUAUCAAACAUGAACACAAAGAUGCAACUUGUAUUUGUUUAAAUGCAGCUUUUUUUUUAUGAACUUAACCUUUUGUUGCAAAAACACAGAUCCUGCAGCUCAAACAGACAUCAAUCAAAGUCUCUGGUCUAAAGCUCAGUUUAGGUGAAAAUCAUCUGGUAAAUCGGCUUCUCCUUCAUCCUCAGGUACGCUGCAGCAGUGCGGCAGUGCCAUUGAUCACCUGAAAAGAAUUAUCAAACAAAAAGCACCCAGCCUCAAUGAGCCGAAUGCAAAGAGACGAAUCCCGAGGUGGGUACUCUGUACUGUGUGGUAAAUGUCAGCUCCCGUUGAGUUUGGAGCAUAAGGGGAAUUUUUUUUUAUCUUAAAAAGUGAGCUGCAUAUGAAAGAGGAUUAGGGCCACAUGAAGAGAAAAAAAAUAAUUGGAGGAAUGAAAUUACAGGCGAAAUUAUGAGAUUAAAGUCGACGCAAAUAAAGACGAGCUUUCAUGAAUAAAGUCGUAAUGUUGAGAUUAAUGAUAAUGACGAGCUCGGCGUCUGAUAGCCUCGCUGUAUAGCACGCAGGUGUAACCACCGAUAACUCUGCAUCUGCAUUAUAAUCUCCGGCCCAGUCUUUUCACAGUCUGAAUACUUAUGACCACACUGUGUUUGUGUGCUAAAAGAGUAAGGAUUUCCUUAUUACUGAAUUAUUACUGAAUCCAAUUUUAAAGUUCUUUAGAGGACAUGUUGUUGAGUGACAAGCGACAAUGCUGUUCAUUCAUUAUCAUUGAGCUCAACAUUAUGACUUUAUUUAUGAAAUUUUGUCUUUAUUUGUGCCGACAUUAAUCUCGAAAUUUCGACUUUAAUCUCGAAAUUUUGACUUUAAUCCCGUUCCUGUAAUUAUAUAUUUUUUCUCUUCAUGUGGCCCUAAUCCUCUUUUGCAUCUUUCCUAGCGGCAUACAAAUAAAGUUAAAAAAAAAAAAAAAAAAAAAGUGAGCUGCAUCCAUUCACUGGUGCGACUGCAGGGCUGAUGAAAAAGCCUCCUAAGUUUAUGAGAAGUGACCAACAGAAGAGGGCGGUGUAAAUCUUAAUCAAACUGGUUCCAAACAGGUGGUUUAUAUCUCACAACUAUGGGCUUUAAACUGUGGGCUGAAUUUAACAACCGUAUGUUCUCCGUACAGGAUUAGGAAGUCCACACAGUAGUGGACUCGUAGAUGGUUUUAGUAAAAAACUGAACAACACAGAAAUGGAACAUUUUAGACCGACACACCUUCAUAAAAAACGUUUCCUCUGGGAUGUUGCGUUCUUUUUACUUUAAAAAGUUCUGUGUGAAUAAAGUACAAUUCUAAUUUUUUCAAAAACUGUGAAAUAUCAAUGGAUAGAUAAUCACAGAUGGCAGAUGUUAAACUUCAGCAUCACAUUCUGCAGGUUCAAACUUAGAAGUAUAUGUGUACGCUCCUUUUUCAUGUUACUGUUAUGAGGCAAUAAUUAGAUGCAUUAAUCAAUAAGUGAUACUAAAUGCUCUCUCUUCUUGCAGAGGCUUCCCCCCUGAUGAGAAGCUGUGCCUCUCAGAUGUGGUUUUAUGGCUCCUGGAACAAUGUGGCCGACCCCAGACUGAGUGUCGACACAGAUGUAUGGAGCUCUUCUAUGAGUUUACGCCUCUCCUUCCAGGUGAGCCUCCAGCAAGUGACACAAAACAAACGUAAAGCAUCAACUUGAUUCAUCGAGUGUUUUUCUAUGCAUGGACAUAAACUCACUAAUGAGAGUCUGAUCUCAGGGAAGAAGUCUGCCCCUCAGUGGAUGGAUGGCAUGCUGAAGGAUCAGGGUGUCGGUUUCCUGAUCUCCAGGUUUGAGGGUGGAGGUCUCCUCUUUCAGCCCACUCUCAGAGACCUGAGGGGGCCUUUCAGCGUCAGAGCCACCCUGCAGUGGAUGGACCUGCUGUUAGCUGCUCUAGACUGCUACAACACUUUCAUCAAUUUACACAUCAUCCGGCCUCAUCACAUGAUCAGUAAGUCCUCAGUUUGGAUGGAUUUAUGUGGAAGCUGUCAAAACAGAUCUGCUUCUUCUGCUGCCUGGUUGACACUCUUCCACUUUCAGACUCAAAAUUACAAAAUAAAAACCAUCAGGCUUGUCCCGAUGGUCUUGUUUUCUAUUGGAUAUCAUGAAAAGGCAUCAAUAUAGAUUUUAGUCCAUUUGAUAAACAUAAAAAAAACCCUCAUAGGAGCUUUAAAUGAUUUGAAAACCAUCAAAAUCUAUUUUUAUUCACAUCUUCCACUGCUUUUUAGAGCUAUUUUAAGUUCAAGAUUGAACAUUUGUAUCAGUUUUCCUGCUUUCUGAUCUGAAAUCUCGUGCACUCGUCUAUAAAGAAGUUAUCGUAGAAGUAGAACUUUCUGUUUCCUUCAUUUCAAAGGUUUGAAGGAGAGGUCGAGCUUUCUGAAAGCUUUAAGUUUCUUCCUGACUGAGCUGGCGACUCACGACCUUGCCGCAGCAGAGCGCUGUUUCCCUCAGGGAGAGAGGACGUCUCACUUCAGCCCCAGAGAGGUGGACCAGUACAACUUCAGCAAGUGCACCAUCAUUGUCCGCCUGCUGGAGUUUUCCACCAUGAUUCUUGUCAAAGGAGGCCAGGACUUCUGGAAGGUCUCACCUUCAGUUAAAGACCCUCACAUUUAAGCCGAGCUUUGACUCUUUUCUCACUGUUUCCCCUCUUUGUUCAUCCUCAGCUUCUGGAGCAGGACGUCUUUGUCUCUGCUUUCUUUGAGCUGACCGCACUGGUGGUGUGUGAACCAUCCUCUGUCGGCUUUAACAUGGCUGACGUGGAGAUCAUGAAGAACCUUCCAGAAGUGUGUGUUCCUUUACUUAAAGCUCUGCUGGCCUCACCUUAUGGCUCAUGUGUGGAAAGCAGUUUGAGGGCAAAACUUUCAUGUAAAAGGUUUGUUGAUUGUCUUUGUUCACUCUUGAUGUUGAACUAAUCAGCUGAGUGCAGUGGCUUUCAUAAAUGUAGGGAUUAGAAAGUUCAUGAAAAAUUCUCUCUGGACUGCUGAGCCUCUUUUGGAAAAGAAGAACUCAGUAUGUAAAGACAUCUUGGUUUGUUUUCAUCAUCUCUGUUGUCCUCUGUGCAGUGUGGAGGAGUUGUGCUCUGUGAAUCUGUUUCACUGCAGCACUGCGAGCCUUCAGGACCAGAUGGAGAUGGUUCUGUCCUCCUGCAAACAGAUCCACAAAGCCGGCUUCCUGAACUCUAUUCUGCACAGUCAGGUACGUGAACACACAAAAUUUACUCAAACAAACACUUCAAGUUAGCCCCAACUACAUUUGUAUGCAGUAAAAAGCCAAGGCUGGAGUAACUUAUCUAAUGCAUCAAGAUAUUUGUUUUCAUGAUCGAGAGGUGACCUCAGAGCUCUGAGUGAAUUUUCCAGCAGAGCAGCAGUCACACUUCAUAUCCUGCAUAUCCUCUCCUUUUUAAGGAUCCGGUCUAUCCCAAAUCUCUGGGGUCCAGACUCCUGAUGACGGUGUAUAAAGGUAUCGCUCCAGGUGAGGACAGGAAGGCGCUUCCAUCUUUGGAUGUCAGCACCAAGAGACUGGCAGACGGCCUACUUCAGCUUUCUUUCUCCCUGAGUGAACAGGUCAGUUAUACAGAUAUACUCGCUCCAUUGAAUCAAAUCAGAUUUAUUGAAGAUGAAGAGAAGACAGACUGUUGUCCUGUCUCUGUUGUCCAUUUCUGUGUCUCUGCAGAGCGAGCAGCUGGUGGAUUUACUCCUAAACACCAUCAUGCUCUCUGUACCCAUAUCUGGAAGUCACAGUCACAACUUCCUCAGCUUCUCACAUGGCGAGUACUUCUACAGCCUCUUCCAGACAACCAUCAACACCGAGCUGCUGAGGUGUCUGAACACCACUGUCCCACACCUCAUGAGGGCAUCCUCCCAAAACCCCAGCACAGUACGGAGUCUUUUCUCCUCCUUUCAACUCUGACUCCAACAUGAGUGUCAAAAUAUGUUUUUUCAAAAUAACUCAGUGGUGAGAGAAAUGUGCUCUGGUUCUGAGGUGAUCGAUCAUUGUUAGACUUUGCAAUCAUCCUGGAUAAUACUAAUUUUCAGCACAGAGGUUAUUUCAUUAGUUUGAGGAGACCUUCAUUAGCUGUAUAUUGUAGACAUGCAAAUUCAAAGUGUUACUGCUUCUCUCACUGUGCCUGAGACCCUGAAUUGUUUUUUGUUGUUAAAUCCGUCAUUAGGUGAGUCUGUUGCUGAACGGCAUGCUUGACCACAGCUUCAGAGCGCGCUCUGUGAGGAAGACUCAGGGGAAGCAGCUGGUGGAGGAGGUGCUGAAGAGAUGGAAUAACCUGCAGUCAUGGUGGGAGGGAUCGUCUUCAACAGCAGAGAGUAAAACAGCAACUCUUCUGCUGCUCUCCAAACUCUUACAGGUAUCAUGAAGAAGAUUGGUUUAUAGACUGUCCUAAUCUGCCACCAAGACCGUUUCAUUAUCAGCAGAGCUUCUUUUUCUUCACUUCAAAACAUUUUAAUUUGGUGAUUUCAGCUCAGAGAGAAACCAAAUGAAUCAGUUUUACAUAAAGAGUCUGGCCCACAGUACCAUAUAAAACAUGGUACUGUGCGCUAAUAUGGAUGUUUAUUGUGGCUCUGACUUAAAAAAAAGAAACAGUCAAAAGUUGUGUUUUUUUGUUGUUGUUUUUUUUAACCAAAUCAGAUUUAAAACAUUUCUGCACGUCCUUAUAAACUGGAGUUCUUGUUUGUGAUUUCAGUGAAUAUGAACUCAUGAUCUCAUGCACACAGUUUCCCUCUCUCCUCAGAUCGACUCUUCUGUCUGUUCUGAUAUCAACCAUGAAGCAUUCAGAGCCGUGUUUUCUACUUUUACUCUGCUGCUGGUCGACAUGACUCUGCCACUCAAUCUGAAGGUAACAGAGCGACUGUUGUUAUGAAAUACUUCACAUUUUUUAUCCUUUUCUGUGAAUCCUGAUUUAAAUACGAGACCUAAAAUAUAUGUUUCUGAUGCCCACUUCAGAGUCAGGCCCUGCUGGUGUUACCUUUCUUCACCGUCCUCCCUGAGCAGCCCUUGGCUGAGCUGCAGAGAGCUCUGGAUGCUCUGGUGGCCUCCCACUUCCCUAUGACGUCAGAUGAGUUUGCUAAAGGCUCGCUGCAUCGAAACAACUAUAUGGACUGUGUCAGAAAGGUGCAGAGUGGACUCACUUGUCUCUUUUUUCAUGUGGUUACUGCCUUUGAUCACUUAAAUCAGCUUUGAUAUGCAGUUUGCACUUGUGAGUAAAACUGAAACAUAACGGUAAAAUGCACUUGUGUAUCUGAGACAAAGAUAUCUAGUUAUGCUUAUAAAAGGUCAGGCCAAGUUUAGAUAAGUUGAUUCAAGUACAACACCAGUUCCAUAAAACUGGAGACAUUAUGUAAAAUGUUCAUAAAAGCAGAUUUUGAUGGUUUGUAAUUGAUCUAAAAACUAUAUUAAAUUUGAAAUAGUGCAGAUACAACUUACUAUGUUGAAACUGAAAAAUGUUGGUGUUUCAUGAAAAAAAAAGCUUGUUUUAAAUUAGAUGGGCAAAAAAAUCUCAAAAAGUUGAAUAUGUAAAAAAAAAACUCACACUAAGGAGCAUCUCCAAACAAAGUAGGUUAAUGUCCAACAGGUUAGACACAUGACUAAGUAUAAAAAGGACAUUCAGAGAGACUCUGUGAGAGGAUGUGUGAGAAAAUUGUUCAACAAUUUACAAAAAUGUUCCUCAAAAUUAGUGCACCUCUUCAUCUACAGUUCAUAAUAUCAUUUAAGAGUCAGAGAACCACAAAUGAAUGGCCAUGAUUUUGAGCCCUCGGGCAGCACUGCAUUAAAACAGACAAAACUCUGUAGUGGAAAUCACCGCAUGGGUUUAAAAGCACUUGCAGAAACCACUGCCAGUCUUCUCUAAUGUGAUAAAACGUGUAAAGCAAACAUCACAUUUGACAUGUGACUCCCAGACCAAACAUAUUUUAAGAGGGCUUUUGGUCUCUUUAUGAUGACAUGUUUUGAAAAAAAGGUUUAAUUAACUUGAAGAGAGUAAAUGAAUGAAUAGAGGCCAGCAGAUUAAACCCUUAAAAGUAGAUGCCGUUGCUGUCCAGCUUUGACUUUUGGCACCAACAGAGAUACAGCUUCAUGACACAGCAGGAGACUACAGACAACCUGACUAUAAAAGGAUAUUACUUUUGAGGUCUUACCUUUUCUCUCUGUGCCAUUCAUCAGCACCUCCACAUUUAAGAAUUUCGGAGUGGCCCAACCUCUUCAUCCCUCUUUCUCUUCCUCUGUUUGUUCAGUUGCUGGACGCCCUGGAGCUCUCUCAGAGUCCUCUCCUGCUCAAACUCAUGGCAGCAAUUCUGUGUCGAGACAAAAAACACAUCAUGGAGGAGAGUUUCCAAACCUGCUUCCAGAGAAUUGCUCAGCGGUGAGUUCAGUCUUCAAUGUUUAAUUCAUUACAGAUUCCAUUACUCUAACAAGAAUUGGCAUUUUGAUGACACACAUGCUCUUGUCACACCUUUGUUUCUGAACAUGUGAGCAGCUCGAGUCCUGAGCGUCAGCUGCAGCUGCUGUGUGCAGUUUAUCAGGUGAUCCAGGUGGGCGAUGUGCCGAUGAGCUUCAUGCUGCAGGCCGUGAUGGACAGAGUCCUGCUGCCUCUGGUUUCUCACUGCAGCUCCAAGGCCCUCAACGACUUCUUUGUGAUAAAUAUCUCAGACAUCACCGCUUUACUGCUCAGCCGCUUCACCAAGGUUUGCUCCUGAACUUUGUUGGUUGUGAUUACAACAGUCACAACAGUUUUGGUUGACUGUUUGUUCUUAUUGAGAAACUACUGAACAGGAAAUUAAUGUGGAACUCCACCCACAGCUUAAACUGUAUUUUAUGAACAUUCAUGUGCACAGCCAGCCAGGUCACAGCAACACAAACCACUUUUUAGCAGGCUGCAGUAACUCCUGAGGAUGCAUGGUUGAAAAGGUGAGAACACAUACAGACUGCUGCAGAAGAACUGCAGAAAUGCAGAAUUGUUUUUACAAUAUGAACCCUCGCAGACCCUGAGAUCCUCUGGCACUGGCCUUUUAAUAGUCCCCAAAGCGAGAACACAGACUUACGGUGAGGCAUCUUUUCAGCACUAUGGCCCCCCUCUGAGGAAUAGCCUGCUGGAGGACCUGAGGGCCGCAGAGAAUGUUUAUAUUUUUAAAAGCAGGCGCAAGACCCACCUAUUUAAUUUGGCUUUUAACUAAAGUCUUAUUCUUAUCUAUAUUUUACCUAAUUUUAUUUUAUUUAUGUAUUUUAGCCCUCAUUUUACAUAUUAUGUUUAUUCUAUUUAUUUACUUAUUUUUAUGAUAUUUUAGCUAUUUAUCAGUAUUUUACAAUUUUAUCUAGUUUGAUGUUCUUAGCCUAUUUAGUUUAUGUUUUUACGUUUUUAUCCAUUUCUCCAGUGUUUCCUCAGUUGGGGCCACCUGCACUGGGGGCUGUGACUGGCUCUGUCUGGGAUUUCUCUGCCUCGUGGUGUGCACUCAGCACGGCCAGGUGGUGGUCUGCAGCAGUUCUUGCUGUUGUGGGCCCCUUACUGGCCUGUAGCGGGGUGUGCGUCCGGGUGGAGAUGUCAGUUGUAGUGUCCUCAGUGUAAAGAGUUAGUUUAAUGUUUUUAGAUUCAAAAACCACAUUCUGAUUCAUUUUAUUUCAGUCAAAUGAUACAGCAUUUGAGACUCAGCUACUGAGGAAGAACGGCUGCUUCAAGCUGAUGGAGCUGCUUUAUUCUCGACUCCCCAAAGAGGAGGUUUACUCGAAGGAGUCCCGCAUCAACCAGGCUUACUGCAGAUUGGAGAAAACAGAGGGCAAUGAGCUGUCUAAGAUGCUGAUCAAGUAGGAUUCAUCAAGACUCUGAUAUUAAAAAGUCAGAUGACUGUAAUUUGGAACUUUCUGCCAGUAUAUUAUCAUGAAUCCAUGAUUUUUUUUCCACCAGGUCCUGUUUUGAGGCCUUCACAGAGAACAUGGCCGGUGAGACUCAGCUGCUGGAGCUGAGGAGACAUUAUCACUGCGCUGCGUACAACUGUGCGAUCGCCGUCAUCAGUUGCAGCUUCUCUGAGCCCAAGUUUUAUUACGGCUUCCUCUUCAGUGAGAAACCAGAGAAGGUACCGACAGCUCUGUGUAUAAAUACCUUUAUUCAUAAAAUGUUUGUUUUGUUUCUGUUGCUGAUGCUUUUCUUUCACAGUAUCAGUUCAUCCUGGAAAACAUCAUCGAUGUUGGGAGGACCUACAGUUUCCCCAUUGAGGUUGAGGUGUGUGUUUGUUUUCACUUCCCUGUUGGUUAUUCAAGAUGAAUUAAAAUACAGUCAUUGUCAAUCAUUAGUUUGUUCAUCCAUGAAGGUCCCUCUGGAGAGGAAGAAGAAGUACGUCAUGAUUCGAAGAGAAGUGAACAUGGAGAAAGGAGGUAUUUACCGCUUUAAGUGUUUGACACAACUUUGUCACAGAGAAGUUGACAACUGUGACACUUUUCACACUGUCAUCUGAAAUGGGAUGUGAUGCAUCAAACACAGAUCAUUGCAGAGCUGUAGAGUCCUGUACAGCUGCAGUUUGUUGAUUUUUGCACAUGACUCUUGUGCUGGUUUUCCUGCAGAAGCUCCGGUUUAUCUGUCCUCUCAGUCUUACAUGGCUGACAGCAGCCUGAGUGAAGAGAUGAGUCAGUUUGAUUUCUCCACCGGCGUCCAGAGCUUCUCCUACAACUCCCAGAGUCCUGAGGGACGCAAACGCACCGUCAUCAAAAGAGUCAGUGAUGAUCAUGUCGUAUGUUUCUAUUUAAAGAAAUUUCAGAGGUUUCGUCCCACAUUGUAGCCUCGACACUGAUGAGGACAUUUGUUGUGUGUUUGUCAGGAGACAGAGGAGACAAAUCCGUCCCAGGAUGCAAUGGUGGAUCUAGAAAUGGAUGAGCUGAAUCAGCAUGAGUGCAUGGCGACAAUGACCGCACUGAUUGGACACAUGCAGAGAAACAACAUCACCCCUACAGUUGAACAGGUCAGAGCCAGGGGGACCUACAAAAAGGGUUCAAACUUUGGAUUUCAUUAUUUGCUCAAUGUCAUGAUCGAGAUCACAAAGCAGAUUUUCCCAGUAGUAUUUACGAACAAACAAACAUGCUCACACAGCUCUGCAUUUCUGUGCAGUUUCCUCCAUUUUUAGAAUCAGAAUCAGCUUGAUUGGCCAAGUAUGUGCACACAUACGAGGAUUUUGACUCCGGCUAACUUUGUCCUCAAACAUGUACAAACAUGAAACACAAAAUGUUACAAAAAUUACAAACUAUAUACAAGAUAGAGCUAGACAUCUAACUUUUGAAUACAACUCAUUUUAGGGUGUCACUUCAACAUAUUUGGCUCCAACAAGUUAUUUUCCAACAUUGUCUGAGAGGGUCAUCUAAAUUAAUCUUUUUCUGGUUAUUUGUGCCGCUACUGUUUUGACUUGAGGUAAAUUUGAGGUUUGGUUCAGAGAGACCUUCUCCAGAUUCCACAUCAUUGAAUCACAUUUAAAUAUCGUUUUGGGUCAUGUUUUCUACUUUAUUGAUCAAACAGGGAAAUGCGCCCUCUGACCUCCCCCCAUGGAUGAAGUUUCUACACUCUAAACUCUCUAAUCCAGCGACUCCCCUGAACAUCAGGCUCUUCAUCUCAAAGCUGAUCAUCAACACAGAGGAGGUGUGUUUUCUUCAACACCCAUUUAUUCUGCUUCUUUUUUCUCACACACUCUGCUGCUUUAACUUUCAGGAUAUGUUCAUGUUUAUCUCCCAGGUGUUUCGACCGUACGCCAAACACUGGUUGGGGCCGCUGCUGCAGCUCGUGGUUUCUGGGAACAAUGGAGGAGAGGGGAUCCACUUCAUGGUGGUGGAGAUUGUGGUUACAGUGCUCUCCUGGACAAGCAUAGCCAGCCCCAAGGUAGAUUUUUUUUAAACACAUUAUUUAGAAAUAAGUUAAGUAUCACAAAACAUAACAUUAAUACUCAAUAUAACAUAAUAUAAAUACAUGAUAUCUUAAAAGUAGUUUUGUAUAUUUCCACACGUACACCACAGGCCAACAGUUUGGAAGCAAGGUCAUUACAGGCCGAACAGUUGGGAAUAACUUCAAGUUUUUGUUCACAAAGCUUUUUUUAAAAUCCAGCAUGAGUUUUAUGUAUUUUGGGAUGUAUUUACUCCAUGAUCAGAUGUUGCUUUCAUGGAAAUGCACCAUUUUACUCCAUUUACCUUUAGAUAUACAUUGAUGUUAACAGACCAUUGCUAAAUAUAUGUCAGCAAAAGAAAAUAAGGGCUUAGUUUUAGGGUUGAAAACAUUUGCAAGAGUCACAACUUCAGUGCAAAAGCAAAAAAAAAAAAUCACUGUUGGAUUAUUCACUUCAACUUUUUUGCUUUUGAAAGUCUGCAAACAAAAAUCCUAAUAAAUCUCAACUGCAUUCAAACUACCCCAAGAAUGGCUAGAAAGAAGCAACUGAGUAAAGAAACAAAAGUACAGAUUUGUACAUUGAGGAAAGAAGGAUACACAGAAAGAGAAAUUUCAAAGCGCCUAAAGGUGUUUAACAGAGGAGUCCACUACACUCUGAAGAGACUAGAGGAAGCUGGAAGUUAUGAUGAUAGAAAGAGACCUGGACGAAAGAUUGUUACUACAAAAGCAGAGGAUAAACAUAGCAUUGUCACCAGUAAGAGAGAUCGACAAAAGACAGCACCAAAAAUAAGGGAGGAAAUCAACAUGACAAGGUCGAAACCCAGAUCUCUGACAACUGUGAAAUGGCGUUUGAGAAAGGCUGGUCUGAAGAGUUGUGUAUCUGCAAAAAAAAACACUACUUCGUCCACAGAACAAGAAAAAGUGAUAUGAGUGGGCAAAAGCUCACAAAAAUUAGACUUAUGAUGACUAGAAACAAGUUUGCACUGUUUGGUUCAAAACGCAGAGUCUAUGUCCGCAGACAAACUGGUGAACAUCUGAAAGCACCAUGUGUUACACCCACAAUUCAGCAUGGAGGUGGUAGUUCCAUGGUAUGGGGAUGUUUUGCAGGUGAUGGAGUAGGAGAUUUGUUUGAAGUAAAGGGUAUCAUGAAGAAGGAACAGUACCACUCCAUCCUCCAGCACCAUGCUGUUCCAUCUGGACUCAGACUUGUGGCUCAUAAGUUUGUUUUGCAGCAAGACAAUGACCCUAAGCACUCUGCCAAGCUCUGUCAGGGUUACCUAGACAAAAAUAAGAGGAAGGUGUUCUUCAAAAGAUGGUUUGGCCCCCUCAGUCUCCAGACCUUUCUCCAAUAGAGCUUGUGCGGGAUGAAUUGGAUCGAUCGGUCAAAAAAACGCAUCCCACAAAUCAACAGUCUCUUUUAAUGAACUUAAGACAGCUUGGAAUGCAAUCCCUGGAAAAUACCUUUAAAAACUUGUGGAACGAAUGCCUGGUAUAUGUCAAGCUGUUGUUAAAGCCAGAGGAGGUUACUUUAAAGAAAGCAAAGUCUAAGGAACAAUAACUCAAAUACCUAAUAAUUAUAGUCAAAUGUCUUCUGAUAAGUUACUCUUUACACAAUAGUCAUGUUUAUUGUGUUGUAAAUUAUAUAUAUGAAAAUAUGAUCUUUUUUGCACAAAUCUGAUCUUGCUUCCAAACUUUUGGCCUGUAGUGUAUGUCAUGGCUUUGAGAGAAAAAGACUAAGUUUUUGCAGUGGGAUCUUGAGAUGGUUGACAGGAGUGUCUUUUGUCCUUAUUUGACAGCACACGUGGAUUAUUGUUGGUCAUUUUUUUAAUCUAUUCAGGGUAACCCCAGAGAUGAGGUGCUGGCUAACCGUCUGCUGGAGUUCCUGAUGAAAAACAGUUUUCACUCAAAGAGGGUCGUUUUUCGGCACAAUCUGGAGAUUGUUCGAACUCUGGUGGAGUGCUGGAAAGACUGUCUGCAUGUGCCGUACAGGUUAGGACUUCACACUUAUUAUGUGACACAAGCCUGAAGCUCGGUCAUAUGCAUGUUCAUUAAAGUUUCAAGCUCAUGAAAGCACCAUGAAAUUAAAAAAGCAAGAAAAAAAACGAGCAGUUGGUCAGCAGUCAGAUUAAAAAAAUUGAGAUAGAUACAUCUUUGCUUGCUGAUAUGAGUGUCACACAAAUAAGAAACAAGUACUUCUUUCUCAGGGCAAGGCUACCAUUAGAACCAGUUUGGGGGAUUGCUCAAAUUUCGGAGCUCGGACACUGGGGGAAGUCUGGGAGAGGGAACUGGGUGAUAACAGAGAAGAUGUGGAAUGACAUCUGGGAUAAUGCAGGGAAAAUAACUGAUGUAACCGCACAAGAGCAAUGCAAUUAAAGAUUCUGCACAUGUUGCCCCCAACCAACCCAGACGGUUCUGAAAAAAAAGCUUGAACUCAACCCAGUUUUACUUCUUCUGGGUCUUCCAAAUGAUUGUGUUACUGAUAUUUAUCAGAAAAAACGAUAUAAUUUCCUGACAUUUUGUGCCCGGAAAAAUAUCCUGAAGCUGACCACUGGAUCACAGAUAAGGUCCCCUCAGUGUUGCGAUGGCACAGGACAAUAAAGGAAUACAUACCUCAGGGCUUUCUCACUUGUCUUCUGCACUCCAAAACUAUAAUGCCUUUGAAAGAAUGUGGAAACCAUUUCUUGAUUAUAUUAAUGUAAAUGUUUCUGCAAUAAUGACGAGAGCAUUUGUAUAAAAAAAAAAAAAAAAGAACAAAUCUUUGAUUUAUUUUUAUUUUUUCUGUUUGUUCGGCUUCCACUGUAUUUCACUCUAGAUUGCAUGAUGUACCUGUUACAUUUACCCAGGGCUGAUCUGUUUGGGCUUUCGUGUUGAUAUUCCCAGCUUGUUGUAGCUGUAGUUGUUGUGUUGUUUUGCUGUUUAGUCUGGUCCUGUCUUUUGUAUGUUUGUUUAUGAAGAAAAUUAAUUAACAUAUUUAAAAAAGAAAAAAAAUGAAAUAACCGUAUCUAACAAAAAGAUAUCGGCAAAAAUAUGAUAAAUCUGGCAGUUUACCUGCUUAUAAGCUGGUUCUGAACUCCAUGUCUCCUCUUUUUCUUUCAUAGUUUGAUAUAUGACAGAUUUUGCGGCACUGAUCCAAACAGUAAAGACAACUCUGUCGGACUCCAGCUGCUGGGAAUCAUCCUCGCCAACAACCUCCCGGCUUAUGAUUCGUCCUGUGGCAUUGAAUAUGACCAGUAAGAACACACAUUAUCACUAAAUAUGAUAUGUAGUGUGUUUGUUUGCUGAUACAAACUUUGUUGAGUAAAGCUGAGCGGUGAAAGAAAGCAACAGCUCACAAGCUGCCACCCUUCUUUCAGUAAAUCUUGUGUUUUUGUUGUGUGUGUGUUUUCAGGUACAUCCAGUCUCUCACCAAUAACGUGUCCUUUGUGAGGUACAAAGAGGUUUAUGCAGCUGCUGCUGAAAUAAUCGGCCUCAUCCUGAAGAACAUGACUGACAUGAACGAGGUAUGAGACUGUCCUGCUUUGGCUGAAAAUUAAUCGAUCUUUUUAUGACUGCAGAAAGCUAAAAACUCUGGAGGCAACUUUUCUGAUAUAAUGUACAGCUCAUCAGUCUUUUUUACUCAUAUGUUCUUUUCCAAUAAUAUAUAUUCACUCUAGCUGAUUUUGAUUUUUGUCUCAGCAUCAUCAGGAACUUCUCAACCUUGCUGCGACUAAGAUCACACACCUGAAGAAGAAAGAAAUCGAUGAUAGGUUCAUUAUUUGUUUGAACAAAGUGUCGAAGCACUUUCCUCCAUUCAUGGAUCGGUGAGUUUGUCAUUCUUUGUGUUUCUCACUUUUUUUUGCCAUUUACGCAUAUUAAUUUCUAAUUUCAUGAACCUUGAACUGAAAUGGAGUUGUUGUUUUUUUUUCUUCAGGUUUGUCAACUAUGUGUUCUACCUGCUGCCGAAGCUGCAUGGCAUCUUAAAGACUCAGUGUUUGGAGUGCGUGCUGAGCCGAGCUGAAGUUAUUCCUGACAUCUUUAUGCAGCUUAAAAUCAGCGGCUUCGUUCAGAUGAUGAGCCACAGGUUAGUCCUGACUGUCAUCCCCUUACUGCUCUACUUGUGUUUGACAUCUUUAGGUUUAUUUUUAUAAUUUCAUACCCAUCAGAAUAGAUCAUUAAAGACACCAGAGUUUAGUUCUGAGAAUACCCCAACAGAUAAAUGUUGGGGUAGUUUCAUCCAUCAACAGAUUAAUGAUGGAUGAACAUAUAAGUCUCAAUCACAGGAGUAAAACAUUGAAAUCAUUAUGUGCUUAAAUCAUGUUUCUGCACAUUUCCUGUACAAUAGUGCAGAAACAUGAUUACGUCUGUUUAUGCAAUUUUAAUCACACUAGCAUGUAGCAUGAACAGGCCUGGGGCACGUGUGCAGUUUACACCAGCAUCUUUCCAGUCAUGUGCAGAUCACCGACAGACAUUACCACUCACCUCUAAACUUCAGUAGCCUGAUAAACUUAAACACUUUAUUCCUGGUCUGUCUUAAGCAUUAUUGUGCUGCCACCUUCUAUGAUAUUUGAGGGUCCUUGACAGGUCAUGUAGCUUUUGCUGUCUGGUUUCAUGUGCAGUUUUCAACAUGUGUAACACCAACCUGCUGGGAGCUAUGAGUUGAAAUGAGUCUGUGGCAACAAUCUGCCACAUUUUUAUAGAGUGGUUCUGAUUCCAGUUUUGAAAAUUGCUCCGAUACUGCCAGAAAUGCUGGCAUUGUUAUUAGCAAGUACUGGAGUCCAGGAACCGAUCCGAUACCACGUAAUUUAUUAAAUUCGUAAUUUAUUUACUGAUUAGCUCCGUUAGCUCUGUUCUGUUUAAAUUCCCUUUUGAUUUAAAAACAUUGUGGCUGAACUUACAUUUUUUAAAAUAAUUGUUCAUAGAUUUAUUUAAUUAAAUUACAUUUACUGUUUUUUUACUCUUUUAUUUAAAAAUAAAUGGCUUGAAUUUGAUGUAUUCAUCUGUGUUUUACAAAGGGUUUAACCUGGGACAGACCUCACAUAAUCAUAUCACAGUCACCAAAGGCUUGGUAUGAUAUUUUUCAAUAACAUACUGGUAUCAGAUCGGUACUCUGUAUUCGCCAAUACCCACAGCACAAAUGUCAGGAUCAGUGUCAGGAGGGAAAAAUCUCUACAUUUGUUGUAAUGUUCACCGUCUCCUUGAUUCAAUAAGUCAAUAAAGUAAUUUUUCUCUUCCUUCAGGGAUGAAGCGAGGCAGAAAGUCUGUCUGGAAAUCAUCCACAAGAUCAUCGCUCUGCUGACUCCAGUUCAGCUUCAGGAGCUCCAGGGAGCCGUGACAGCGUUUAUCUCUCAUCCGUCACCUGUUUGCAGAGAGAGGAUGUACGACAUCCUCAUGUGGAUCCAGGACAACUACAGGUGCUGUCAGCUGUCUUUGGUUUCAGUUAUAAAACAUUUUUGAUAAGUCAUAAUCAUCAUUCAUAGCUUCACAUCCCAUCGUCAGCCAUUCACCAGGCAGAGAUCGGGGUGUCGUCCAUUUUCCUUUACCAUCUGUGCUUGAAGUGAAAUAAACUCUCUCUCUCUCUCUCUUUUGUUUCUGCAGUGAUUCAGAGAGCAUGGAGGACAGCACCUCAGUGGAGAUUUUGAACGCAGCUAAAGAAACUCUGCUUCAGGGUCUGUCUGAAGAAAACCAGGGACUCCAGUGAGUACCAACCAUUUCAUACUCACCUUUAGAGAUGUUUAAAUCAACGUUUUCCCCUCUGAUCAGGAUAACAGCUGAUACCUAAUGAGUAUCAGCUGAUACCUAGUUCCCAUCCAAUAGUUGUAUUCCCCAAGAUAAUGCAGCUACAAAGAGUACACUUAAAAACAAGUCCAGUUUAUUUACAGCCAAGUGGUCUAGGCAUGCCCCACAUGCGCCCGGGUUCGAUUCCACCUUCUGUCCUCUUUCCUGCAUAUUUCAUUCCCUGCUCUCCCUGCAUUUUUUUCUCUUUUGAACUGUUUUUUAUUUCCUCAAUACUAAUUUUGUUUUCCUUUGACUUUAAUCUUAUCAUAUUUACAAGUUAAUGCUUUAAAUCGUGAACUUUUUUCUCCUUAAUGCGGUCCAAAUACUCAGAUUUGACAUACGCACCUGCAGUAAACAAAGCUCAGAUAUCAGUUCAGUUUAAUCUUGGUCGAUUUAUAGAAAUGCUGCUUCCUCUGUGUGAGCAGCGGAGACAAAAAAAAGUCCCAAACAUAACAAUAAUGUCACUGAAGAUGUGGUCUGCUGUGUUUUUAGGCUUUAUGUUCGUAACUUCUGGAGUCAGGAGAAACGUCUGCCCACUGCCACCCUGGAGAGGAUGUUGACGGUGCUCAGCUCUCUGUACUCCUGUCACAUCGAAAGAUGUUUCUUAAGCCUGGCCACCAAUCUGCUGCUAGAGAUGACCAGCCAGAGUCCAGACUUCAGCCGACAAAUGUUUGAGUACCCUCUGUCAGAGUGCACCUUCCAGGUCAGAUCAACUGUUCCUCUAUAACUCCAGGUUUUUUUAUUUGAAUGUUUCUGAUCGUGGGUUGAUUUGAUUCGUUCGCCCUCCAGGACUAUGUGAUUGACUCGAACUGGCGCUUCAGGAGCACCGUGAUGACUCCCAUGUUUGUUGAAACCCAAAGCUCGCAGAGCCCAGAGAGCGUGGCGGGUUCACAGUCUGGAUCCAUGAAGGGGAAACUCAGAGCCACUCAGACCACAUUAGAGUUCUCCCAAACACAAACAGGUACCACUGUGGUAUGAUAUUCAAGACUGUGUCGUACCUAAAGCUGCACACUGAGAGCUUUUGCAGGUUGCCAUCGAGCAUGUUUAUCUUUUUCCUUCUCCCUCAGGUCGGAGUACAACUUAUAACUGGCUGACGGGCAGCAGUGUGGAUACUCUGGCCGAGUACUCGCUCAGCUCUGAGUCUUUGUCUUCACUGAUGGUGUUCGAUAAGAAGAAAGCAGAGAGACAAACAGCAGCCCGGAGACCAGUGGGAGAAGGAUUUGGCCUGAAGCGUCUGUCUGCAUCAACGGAUGAGGUGGACAGUCGAACCAGAGGUGAAUCUGCUCCGUUCAUCAUCCAGAGCACAAGUGUCUUAAAAUAGUCUUUAAAGUUUGCACUGAGAAAAACUGCACUUUUUCUCCUUAAAAGCCCACUCUGAUCGUUUUUUUUUUUUUUUUUUUUUUUACUUCUUAAAGUGUUUAUGAUUAUGAAGUUGUUAGCCAAUAUCACCUUAUCUGUGUCAUUUUCAAGGGCUUUUCUUCUGCAGAGAUCCAGUAGCUCAUUAGCAAUUCACCUCUGCGCAUGGGCGGAGACAGCGCUGCUCUUCACACUCCUCUUCAUGCUAACUUGUAGCCUAACAUUGUUGGUGUAGUAGAAGUAGCAGGAAACACAAGAGCUAUUCAGCUAAUGUCUUUGGGGACAUGAUGAAAGUUAAUAUCAUAAUUAGCUUUCUUACAAGCAUUGUAAUCCGCUAACGCACACCCUUGUUCAGGGAUCGUCCUCCCUACUGUUCCAAGUCUGGCCUGCAUAGGGGGACUCCAGGGGCGGAGCUUGAAUUGUGACGUAGGAAAUCCCAGUGUCUGAGCCUGCCGUUUUGGUCUGCCACAGAUUCACAGCGAUUUGAAUGCCCUGUAGCAUCAGAAAAAUGACAUGAACAUGUAAAAAACAAGAAAAACAGGAUUUUCAUCAGAGUGGGUCUUCAAUGUUUUUCUCCUUUGACAGAAGGUCCUCUUUUUAAAAAUGCUAAAGGACAGGUAGUUUUUAUAACCCUGUGUUUACGAGUGUGUCAAUAUUCCAACAGCUGCAAACGAGCAGCGUAUGAACAUCCUGAGACUGCGGCGCAGAUUUCUGAAGGAUCAGGACAAAGUCAGCUUAAACUACGCACAAAAAGAGAUUCAACAGCAAAGACUGCGAAAGGUAUUACAUGUGCAACAACCUCAUACUCAGUCAUUCUUACUCUCCAUUAAAGCAUGUAUGAAAAAAAGGACAUGUGAAGUGCUGGCUGUGUCUAACUUUGCUAAACUGUGAGUCUCCAUCAGUGAUCGUGUUUUUUUUUUGGUCCUGCAGGAAGAAAAAGCUGAUCAGAGGCUGCGAAAAGAGGCUCAGGUGACUCUUUAUCGUAACUACAGAGUGGGAGACUUUCCCGACAUCCAGAUCUCGUACAGUAGCCUCAUCACCCCCCUUCAGGCUCUGGCCCAGGUGAAGACUACCCCCUGUUUUAAACACAUAGUAAAACAGGGAUAAAAACAAUAAUGUCUUCAUCCUUGUUCACUCCGUCUUCCUCCAGAGAGAUCCAAUCCUAGCCAAACAGCUGUUCAGCUCUCUGUUCGCUGGAAUAAUCCAGGAAAUGGAAGCACACAAACCCAGAGGAGAGAGCAUGAGGGUUAAAGAGGAACUGCAGUCCAACAUGAACACAUUCAUGAGCAAAAGCACCGUCUGCUUCCCCCCGUUCAUAGCCUGCAUACAGGUGACACUUUCACUCACUCUUGUUCUGACUCCACUAAAUCUCUGCCUCAAAUCUGUGAAAUAAUUCUCACAUCCUGAUCCACAUCUUUGAAUUUUGUAUAUCUGCGUACAUCUAGUCAACCGUGACAGGAUCAGAUUUACGUAUAUAUUUACCAUCUGCUCACCUCUCUGGUUUAAUACUGCACAGCUUGUACACAGAAACCAUAGUCUCAAAACUGAAAGGUGUUUUAAAAGCGUUUAUUGUUUUUUUAGGAUAUGUGUUUCCAGCAUAAGGAGCUGCAGCAUCUGGAUCCAGCUACCAUCAGCUCCACCUGCCUGGUGAGUCUUCAGCAGCCAUCAGGGAUCCUGCUCCUGGAGGAGGGUCUGCUGCACGCUGCUGGACACGAUGAACCUCCUUCAAAACGACCAAGAGGACGCAAAGAAAUCCCCCUGGACACGAAGAAAUGGAUUCAUCUCGCAAAGUACGAUUCAGACUUUUUAUCUGCAGUUAGCUGGACUGUUUUAUGAGGACAAUACCAUCAAAAAAUGUGAUGUAGGAAUGAGCAAAGGUUGUGUAGAUGUGACAUAUAAAGCUCAUUAGUGACAUUUGAUUAGUUAGAUAUUUAAAUGUUUCAUUAAACAGGGUUUCUGCUGGAUCUUAAAAAGUCUUAAAGGUCAAAAAUUUUCUUAAAACCUCAUACAAAGUCUUAAAUACAAAUUUGAAAGGUCUUAAAAAUAUAUUGAUGUUAUUUACAAAUUAAGAUUGAUUUAAAGUUAGUUUAAAAUGUUUCAAUUUCCCUUCGUCUUUUGUACUUUUUGUCAGUAUGGAUGUAAAAUGGAUCUUAAAUUGUAUUCAUUACAGUCUUUAAAAAGUCUUGUUGAAACCUGCAGAAACCCCGAUUACAGUUAAAUUUAUAGUUUGCUCUCCAUUCUGCAGGCUGUACAGAUCUUUGGAGGAUUACGAUGUUGUACGCGGCAUCUUUGGAGGUAAAGUUGGGACCAAGGCGAUCACCUGUGCUGCGCUGCAAGCUGAAGCAAGCUCGGACUUCGCUGAAGCUGUGAAGCUUUACAACGAGGUACACUCUCUGUUUAAAUCCAUUUAUUUUGUGCAGUUUGAGCUUCCUGUGUGUGGAGAACUGUGCUCCAAAAAUUAAUCCUCCUUUCAUAAUUUCAGGCUCUGAACACUGAGGAGUGGAGUGAUGAUGAGCCCACAGACACAGAGAGAGAGUUCUGGGAUGUAGCUGCCAUGGAGGCGUAUGGUCAUCUGACUGACUGGAAAUCUCUGCAGUACUGCUCCACCGUGUACAUUGAUGAAAACACUCCACCCAACCUGGACAAAAUGUGGUCAGAGCCGCUCUACCAGGUAUAAAGAUGAAUAAAAGAACCCAGAUAUUCACAAUGCCAAGUUUUGAUCUGAUAGGUCUGAGUACAAAACACAGCAUGUGGGAAAAGUGUCAUUUUGUGUCCAUGAGUUUGAAUCCCUUUCUCACAUUAGACUUGUGUAUUUGUGUCAGGAAAUGUAUCUGCCGCACAUGAUCCGCAGCAUGCUGAGGCAGCUGCAGCUCGGCGAGUCGGACCAAGCUCUGCUCAGCUUCAUCGAUAAAGCCAUGAGGGUGGAGGAGCGCAAAAAGCUGCUGGAGAGUCAGUACAGCCAGGAGCUGAGCCUGCUUUACAUCCUUCAAGAGGACUACGACCGAGCAAAGUACUACACCAACAACGCCAUGCAGCUCUUCAUGGAGGUCUGCUGUUACCUAAAGUUUCAGUCUGCACAGUGUUAGAACAAAAAAUGUUGUUACUGUAUUCUUAACAAAAAAGAUUGAUGCAAACACCGCACAGUGUGUUUGUAUAAAGAUUUCAUUGAAGACUUUGUCCAGUCAAAGUCACCGCUGAUGUGUGACUCCAGAUUCUUUCCUCUCCUCCUGCAGAAUUACUCCAGUGUGGAUACCCUGAUGACUCAGAGUCGACUGUCGACCCUGCAGUCGGUUCAGGCUCUGACUGAGAUCCAGGACUUUUUGCAUUUCAUUAAAGGGGAGGGUGAGCAUCUCAAACUGACAGAAACUUCAGCUCUAAUCAACAUUUUGAGAGUUUGAAUCAGAAGCAGACAAAAGUUUCACAAGUCCGGCUUAAUAGUGACUGAGCCUGAAGCUGUUUAUCAGUUUAUUAUUAUUUUUAAUGAUAAUGAGAUCAUAAAUCUUAAAGAUUUUUACCCAUGAUUGGACAUCUGCAUCAUGUGCAUUUGUGGAACUUAAAACCCUUGAAAGCUCAGGUGUUUCAGACUUUUUAAAAAAAUCCCUUAUUUAUAACCUUUUUUUGUUUAAUGAACAAAAAAAUCAUCAUAGACAGAAAACAUGAUUUGACCAAUGUCACUGUAAAUCCUUCUGCUUGAUCAUGCUUGUGAUCAACUCAAACUGUGUCCCUUGGCUUUUCAGACACAUACACACAAACACCUGUCGUCUCCAUUUGCAGCUGCUUUUGUACUGUAUCAUGUUCCACUGUACGUUAAAGUUACAGUAGAACAGGAUUCAUUAAUCAAUUAGAUUGAUUAACAUCCUCAUGCUUUCAAACGUUGUUGCUCAUUGAUCAGAGUUCUUAGUAAUGAAGUUUGAGUGCUGUUUGAGGAAGAGAGGGACAGUGCACCUUAUUAUUUUUUUAUGUAUAAGACAAAAUGAGUGCAACUUGGCGAUCAGCACAGUAGUUGUUCAGUCUUGAUUAUUGUAAUUGCCAUGAUAGCAGAUGAAGCUGCCACUGAAUUAACCAACAAAUUUAACAAAACUGAAAUUAUUAAAUGGUUCUUUUAUUUGAGGGAGAACUACAGAACAGUCUCACCUUGGUUAGAAACUUUGAGCAUCGUCUUUUUUUGUCCUGUUUUAAAUCUGGUAACUGUCAUCGGGUUUCUGUCAAUAGUGUCCGUGGGUUCUCUAAAACGUCUCAUCAGACUCUGGACUGAACGGUAUCCUGAUACUAAAGCGGAUUCUGUUAGCUUGUGGGAUGAUAUCAUCACGUCUCGGUGAGAAAAUGAUGUUCAGAUCUUUUUAUAGCCAGGUAACAAAAAGUCAGACAAUAUUUUUAAAUGAUCUUUGUGUCUGCAGGUGUUUCUUCCUGGAUAAGAUCAGGGAGAAGCUGCGAGGCCACGCUCAAAGUGACAACAUGGAGGUGGACGGCUCAGAAGAUGCAGCAGCAGCUGAUAUUAACAUGUUAGUAAAUGACUGCAAAUUCAGCAUGAAGCUGCGAAUGGCUGACAGCGCCUGGAAACAGGUGAGGGAACAUCUGUGGAGGUUAAUGUUUUAUACUCUCACAUAUUUACAUAUUUCAACAUCGGGAAAAUGUUGUUUCCAGAAUAACUUCCCCGUGGCCACCAAGCUGCUGAAGGAGCUCCACAGAGACGCCAAAUCAAACCGGCGCUGGCUGCUGCGCUGGGUCCACAGUUUCAGCCGAUUCAGCCACAAACGCAGCCAGACGCAGGGACCUGUGGAGCAGAUCAGCAACAUGAUGAAAACCAUCCCACUGCUGGGUGAGCAGAGGAAAGACUCCUCUAGGUUUUCAUGAGAAGAACGCCACUGAGGAGUGACUGGGAUGACUGUAUCUCACUCUCAGUGUUAACUAUUACAUUUGACAUGUCAUAGAUGAUAGAUAUCUAUUACCAGCUUCUUUUAAACCUGAGAAAACUGUUGAAUUCUUGGUUAACCAACCUCGCAGGACUGGUGAGGUCUGACAAACUUGUUCUUUAGAUUGAAUUUGUUGCUAAAUGCUUCCGAAAGUUUUGUGAAUUUUCAGCACUUUAAAACGCUGGAUGAGUAUUAUCUUUUAAAGACAGAGGAAAGAUUUGUUACGUAUUGAUUACCACACCAAACUAAUUUUUUUAACAAUUUAUUUAAAAAAAAAAAUUUCAUAAACAGUUUACAAUUUCAGUAUCACCGACAGAACUGCAAAUUAUACUAUUAUUCAAAUAAUAAGUAAACAAAUUAGUUAAAUAAUUAAAUAAAUAAAAAACAGCAAAAUAAAUGCUGCAAAGGUCAAGCCUUUGACAAUAGAGAAGCACAGCUACUCCUACAGAUGUGCUACAACCAAAAACCACCACCACACCCAUUGACAGUACUCAUCUAUCUAACUUCGAGAAGUUAUCCAGAUACAUUUAAAAGUCAUUCCAGCAUUUGUCAAAGAGAUGGGGUUUCUUUUUCAUAUUGAAUUUAAUUUUUUCAGAGACCAUGUAUGAUACAACUUCCUUAAGUCACAUUGAGGCAGUAGGUGGGUUUUCACUUUUCCACAAUAUAGCGAUGUAUUUAUUUCCAGCAAUUAGGGAUAGCCUAACAAACUGAUCUUUUAAGUUGAUUUCAAAGUUAUUUACACUUGUAAACAACCUGAUUACAGGCAAGUGGGUGCGUUUGUACUUAUUUCAGUUAAGUCCUCGUGUUUAUUCUCAUUUAAAGGUCAUCAAUAUGAUCUAUAAUUGGAAAUAUUGAUACUUUCUUCAUGUGAAUGUGUUAUUUCUCUCAGAGGACCUGCAGGCCGACUGUCAGAGCACCCCAGCUAAGGUUUUCAGACACCAAAAGAUCCUCCAGGCUUCGUCUUUCCGCAUCCUGGCCACAGCUGUGGGCAAAAGCCCCUCGGUGCUGGGAACCAUCAGUGCUGAAAAGGCAGAGAGAGUGGUGAGGCUCUCUGGAGCUUCUUGGCCAACUAGAGAUCCAAAGGUACUCAGUAUUUAUGAUCUUGAGGAGGAGCACUGUCAGAUUUUGUCCUGUAAACUCUGCUCUGUAGUUUUGAAUCGAUAUGUUUGAAUGAAAGAGAACAUCUACAUUUGGUGUCAAUCCUUCAUUUUCUUGCAGUCAGUGGAGGUGGGACUGCAGCUGAGAGCUCUGAAGCUGCUGUGUGUAGCUUCCAGAAGAGCCGAUGAGGAGCUUCAGUCCUUCUCUCAGGAGUGUGUGGAGAGCAGCAGCAUCAGCAAGACGUACAUGGCUUUAGCUGACUUCUGUGAUAAAAUACUGCGAGAGGAGGAGCAGAAGGAAACAGGUGAGAAAUCUUACACUGUGUGAGAGUGACACAAACAAGACUGAACACUGCCUUCUUUGUGGAGCAAAACAGCCUGAAAGGCAUGAGAACCGAGGAGUUUAUAGAAAGUUUUUUCCUCUUCGGGGUUUAAAAAAAGGAGAGCUGGUUAAAAGACAGAUGAGCUGUAUUUUCUCCUGCAGAUAUUACUAAGUCAUCCUUCCCUGACUCUUUCCAUUUUCUCUUCAUGUGUUAUCAUCACAGAGAGUCAGUUCCCAGACCUGAUGUCACUGCCGGUUCACGUGGUGGAAAGCAUGUUGAAAGCUCUGAAGAUGAACUCCGAGGAAGCUCGACUCAGGUUUCCUCGUCUGCUGCAGAUCAUUGAGUCGUACCCGUCUGAGACUCUGGACCUCAUGACCAGAGAGGUUUGUCUGUUUGGAGCAGGAACUCAGACAGAUCAGCUCAUGUGUUAUCUAACAUCCCUGCAACAUUAACAGUGAUGGACAAGACUCUGCUUUUUAUUUUGAUAUAUUUGAUUUAUGCGCGCUGAAAUUUUAAUCACGAUACCUUUGUUUGUCUGUGUUUAGAUGACAUCAGUCCCUUGCUGGAUGCUGAUUGGCUGGAUCAGUCAGAUGGUGGCUCUCUUGGAUAAACCUGAAGCCGUGGCGGUGCACCAUUGCAUCCAGCAGAUUGCAGAGUCUUACCCUCAGGCUCUGGUUUACGCUCUCAUGAUCAGCAGUGAGAGUUACAGCUUUGAGGACUCGGCGACAGGACACCAGCAGCAGCAGUUUGUGAACAGGUGAACUGAAGAUUUAAUGGCACGGGCGCGACUCUCCUCAUUUCAAAACACACCGAAUAGCUGCAAAUGUCAAAACUCAAUGUUUUUCUUUCUUUCCUAAACCGUGAAAAUCUGAUUCACAAAAAUUCUUUCUCUGAGUCACAACCAAAAAAAUCUGUGUCAGUUCAUGUUAUUCAUGUUUUCAUGUGCAUGCAGUCUGAGGAGCAAGUUGGAUAAAGAUGGAGCUGUGAAGAAGUUUGUGGACGCUCUGCAGCAGCUGACAAACCCAGACAUGAUUUUCAGGGUAACAAACAUUGAAUGUGGAGGCCUCCUAUAACACCUGUGAUUGUACCUGUCAUUGACUUUUAUAAUCUUCUAUGUUUCAAACAGGACUGGUGGGAUGGUGUGAAAAACGAGCUGGAGAAAAUGAGCUUUGAUAAGAAACAGAUGAGCCAAAUGUACGAGGAGAUGUUCUCUUCGCUUGGGGAUCACAACACAGAAGGACACGGGAUGUUUCGCAAGAAAUUCAUCAAGGUGUGUCUUUGAUGUUAAUCAGAGGCAACUAGCUGAGUCAGAAUAUCACACAAAGUUAGGCAGUUUUCAUCACUUAUUAUUAUGCAUUACUAAGCAUUGCACAUGAAAAGUUUUGAGUAGGGCUGGGCGAUAUGUCCUCAAAUCAAUAUCAGGAUAUAUUGAGCAGUUCACCUUAAUAACAACAAAUGGACAAUAAGUCCUCCACAAGCUGCUCACCCCCUUCCACAUUAACUUUGUCUAUUCAGCCACUACAACUUUUGAACCGUCUUCCAUCUCCUCACCUGUCUUUCCCUCUUUGUUACAAACUGGAUGGGGUGGAGUCACAUCUCACAUAUGACAGCGUCGUAAAGGGACAUCAGACCAUAGCCUACCUACACACAUCCAAAACCAACUUUUAUUUAUUUAGUUUUUUGACACUGAAUAUACUGACAUGGGAAAAAUUACGUUGAUUAUUGUUGUUUUGAGCAUUUUCAGUUAUAGUGUAUUUACUGAUCAAAGACUGUGUAUUAACCAGCACACAGCUGCAGCUUCUCAAUGCUGUAAUUCUGGAUCUUUUUUUUGUUAUAUUUGCAGAAAUUUUCCAAAGAAGUGGAGAAAGUACUCGGUCCUGGAGGUAACAAGCUGUUUGAGAAGAGAAAAGACAAGAGCAUGUUGAAGCAGGUGGAUGCUCUCGCAGCAUCCAUGCGAGGAUUUCAGAAGGAGCCCGGGAACCUGAAGGAGUACUCGCCCUGGCUGAGCGGGUUUAAAGCCGAUGCUUUCAGCAAUGAGCUGGAGAUCCCAGGUCAGCAGCUUCCCAAGCUGGAAUCAUCUGAACUCUGGGAAUAUUGUCACUUAAGUGUCUUUUUUGUGUCUGUUUUUUGUGCUUUUUUGAUAAUUCCCUCUCUCUUCUAUUUGUAGGACAGUAUGAUGGCAGAUCUAAACCUCUGCCUGAGUAUCAUGCAAAGAUCACAGGCUUUGAUGAGAGGGUAUGACUUUAAAAACUUCACUUUAAAGAAACAGCAUUGUUUUGAUAAUUUACCAGCACACAGGUUUGUGAGUUAACAUGUCUUUCCACCCUGCAGGUGAAGGUGAUGUCCUCCAUCCGUCGCCCCAAACGUCUGAUCAUCCGAGGGGACGACGAGCAGGACCACCCCUUCUUAGUGAAGGGUGGAGAGGACCUCCGUCAGGACCAGCGCAUUGAGCAGCUUUUCUCUGUCAUGAAUAUUUUGCUGAGUCAUGACGCCGCCUGCACGCACAGAGGCCUGCAGCUGCACACGUAUCAGGUCAUCCCUAUAAACAGCAGGUACUGAAAUACAGACGCAGAGAGAAUGUUAAAGUAGAGAGUGUUUCUUUUGGGAAUAUAUAGAUCAUCAUCAUCAUCAAAUUUUUACAUGAUUAUAUGAUUUAAUGAUUUAUUCCUUUGAUUAAUUCUUCAGGAAAUGACCUCUCUGUUGAUUUGCCUCUUUCCCUGCCAUUAUAGGAUUGGUCUGAUCGAGUGGAUGGAGAACACCUGCACUUUGAAAGAGUUCCUGCACAACACCAUGACUGCAGAUGAGGAAAAAAGAGCAGCAGGGUACAGUAUACCUGUUUUUAGGCCUGUAAUCAACUCAUGAUGGCGUUGCUACAGUUUAAUCUCCAGAGCUCCAAAGCCAUUACACAGCCAACAUACUUCCUGUGUGAAACACCGGGUUAGAGUACAGACCUCUGCGGAGACACAAGCAAGACCAGAGCUUACUGUACCAAACUAUAGCUACAGACAGGACUGCUCAGUGGAAACUCACUUGAAUGAAGUACAGCACCCUGAACUGUGUUUUUGUGUGUCUUCUCUAAGGUCUGUGGAACUUUACAAUAACUGGCUCUCAUCUUUGACCCCAAAAGAACAAAAUGCUGUUGCUCUGUACCCGCAAGCUUACAAGUAAGUUUUUAAUGAGGAUUGUGAAACUGUUUAAGUCAGUGUUGCUGCCGAUAAACUCUACUCAGGAUUUUUGUCAUAGUUAAUGUUUUACUGUCAACCAGUAAAAGGAUUGUUUGAACCGUUUUGUUCUUCUCCAGGAAAGCCAGACGUACAGAAACUGUCAACAACUUUCUGAAGGUGAUGCAGCAGUGGCCAACUGAUCUCCUGAAGUGAGCUGGAUUUCUAUAUAAAAAUGGAUUAUCAUGCCUUUUUUAUCAUUCAUAUUUUUGAUCUGUAAUUUUCCCCUCUCUCUUUCCUUGCAGGCGAGCGUUUCUGAAGAUGUGUAACAGUCCUGAGGCCUUCCUCUCUCUGCGCUCUCACUUCAUCAGCUCUCACGCUCUGCUCUGCGUCAGUCACUGGAUUCUGGGUAUUGGAGAUCGCCAUCUUUCCAACUUCAUGAUCAACAUGGAGACGGGGGGAAUGAUCGGCAUCGACUUCGGUCAUGCCUUUGGUUCAGCCACACAGGUAAGUGGUGCUCUCUGUUGACACGAAAAACAAUAGAUAUAUUUGAUUGAUUGAUUGUUGGACUGGAGCAAAGUUCCACCUAAAGGGAUAUUUCGGCGUAAAUUUAAGUUAUGAUCAAACACACUGUAACACCGAGUUAGACAGCUCCUCGAGAGAUGAAUGUUGCCAACCGCUUGCUUCUCUAGUUAUACCAACUUUAGUAAUGACCACAUCACAGCAGCCCUGACAAAUAGAUCACUGAGUGCAGUGGAAAAUUUAUGAUCAUUACUUUAUGGAAAUGCAAUUAUACUGAGAUGCUAAGGCAGAAGAACUACUGUGUCUGCAGUGAACAUACAAGCUACACAAGAACUCUGAUUGCAUUUCCAUGAAGUAAUGAUCAUAAAUGUUUUUACUUGAGCUGCGAAACUCCGCUGCACUCGGCAAUGGACUCAUCAGAGCUCCCCCACAAUCAGGCGGCUGCUGAGGCAGCUGUUUGGUAGCUAGUACUAUGGCUGGGACCCUAUAUGUACUGUUGAUGAAGUUAGGUGCUGUUCUGAGCAUUAUUUGUGGCUAUAGAGUGGCUUUUUGGUUGAGGUUUGUGUGUGCUCAGACCGCUGUGUAUUGCUAUCCUGCGGUCGUUACUAACUAGAGAAGCAAGUGGUCGGCAACAUUCAUCUCUCGAGGGGAUGCCUAACUCAAUGCUACGGCGUGUUUGACCAUGACUUAAUUUUACGCCGGAAUAUCCCCUCAAAGUCAUAAACUCACAUAGCACAGCUGAAUUUUAAAGUCAUAGAAGGUUAGUAAUUUUUGGCUGUUAUUGGGUCCAGCAGCUGUAGAAUAUAAGAGACAUGGAUAUUAACGUUUUGAGAGGUACAGUGUCAUCAUAUUCCUGUGUCUCCUGUAUGAAUAUUUUGGUUUCUCUCCUCAGUUCCUCCCUGUACCUGAGCUCAUGCCUUUCCGGCUGACUCAGCAGUUUGUGAAUCUGAUGCAGCCGUUGAAGGAGUCGGGUUUGAUCCAGAGCGUCAUGGUUCACUCCCUGCGAGCAUACAGGGCAGAGCCAGACCUUCUGCUCAACACCAUGGACGUGUUUGUGAAGGAGCCGUCUCUGGACUGGAAGGUAACAUCAAGCGAAAGGACUGUCUCCAAAUUACAGACCGAAUUGUCUCUGUUAGUCUUCGUAGUUGUCCUCACGGACUUACCUCGAACCUCUUCUUUCAAUGAUCCCGUUUCUGUGACUCAGAACUUUGAGCUGAAGCAGCUGAAGAAAGGAGGGACCUGGACCGAGGACGUGAAUGUUAAAGAAAUCAAUUGGUAUCCUCUUCAGAAGGUCAACUUUGCCAGGAGGAAACUGGAGGGAGCAAAUCCAGCUGCUAUAACCAGGUACAAUAACUCUAUGCAGAUCUAAUAAAAUCCCAAUUUUUGACUGAGCUCAUGAGUGCUCUCAGUCCUAUCAGGACUGAGGGGGACCUGUCUAUGAUUAACCCAAGCCCGUGAUCACUGCCUCUUUCUCCAAAAUCUUAACUUAAUUUUUGUAAAUUUGAGUUUUAGCCUCUCAAAUUUACAAUUGUUAUCUCUGAGAUUUAAAUAUUUUUCUUGUAAAUUAAAGAUGUCUCCUCCUAAAUUUACCUGUUUGAACUCACACAUUUACAAGUUUUAUCUUGUAAACUGUAAUGUCUUUUUUCUUGUUUUUUUAAUCUUGUAAAUUUAUAAGUUUAUUCUUCUCCAAGACUUAUUCCCUUAUGAAUUGGCAAUCUUUAUUUUGUAAGUUUACAUGGUUAUACAUUAAACUAUAAGUAAAUAAUGGCAGAUUUGUAACUUUUCUUCUUGUGACUUUAAUUUUACAAAUUUAGAAGUUUUUUUCAGUUAACUUUGCUUCUUUUCCAUGAAAAUUACAUUAUUCUCAUAUAUUUACUAUUUUUUAACACAAGAGUGUUGUCCUGCAAAAAUAUGAUUCUAAUUGAGUAAAUUAGGAGUGUAUUUGUGUAAAAUUGCAAGUUUAGUGACUUUUCUCAUUCGCCUUUGUUCUCAUUGAGUUAAAACUUUAUUCACAUAAACAUCUUGUGAGUUUAAUCUUACAAAAUAAGGCCUUUAUUCUCUUGAAUAUGUGGCUUUUCUCUCUAGACUAUUCUUACAAAAUGAAAACUUUGCUUGAUAGUUUACUUUUCUUUCAAGUUCAUUUCCACAAGAUUUUACUGAAUUCUUAAAAGUUUUCAGCUUUUUUCUACUACAACUUUUUCAGUUUUUUUUUACUUGAUGUGGUCCCGAUCCUGUCGUUUAAUGCACAUUUUUACAGAAGUUUCUUUGUUUAGUCUCUGUUCUUUUUCUCACGUCUUUAUUUACUUUUCUGUCAGAUCCUCUUUUUGGACACUCAAUGAAAUGAAUUCUUUGUUUAAAACAAACAAGAUCCUGAAUUUUGAUUCCGUGUUGUGUCCUUUCCUUAGUGAGGAGCUGAAGCUGGGUCAUGAGAAGACCGACGGCUUCUCAGGGAUGCAGAAGGUGGUGUCGGGGUCUCAGGAGCACAACAUCCGAGCUCGUCUUCCUCUGGCAGACCUGACUGUGGAGCAGCAGGUGGACUGUCUGCUGGACCAAGCCAUGGACCCCAAUGUGUUGGGCAGGGUUUGGGUGGGCUGGGAGCCGUGGGUUUGAGAAGUGAUCUCUCAGAAACUAGUCCCCUGAAGAUGUGUUGAAAAAAAUCUGUGUGAUAUUAAAGUUUCCUCUUUUGAAAAAAAAAAUUUCAAAAAUUCUGUUUUGGAGGAAUCGGCCUGUCAAAUAUCAAACUAAACUCAAAAUAAAAAUCUGAGUCUGAACUGA